AUGGACGCUCGCAAGAAGAAGAGAAAGGUCCUCCUCAUGGGAAAGAGUGGCUCGGGCAAAUCUUCUAUGCGCUCAAUCAUUUUCAGCAACUAUGUCGCUAAAGAUGUGCGCCGUCUAGGCGCUACUAUCGACGUGGAACAUAGCCAUGUUAAGUUCAUGGGCAACCUCACAUUGAACCUUUGGGAUUGCGGAGGACAAGAUGCAUUCAUGGAAACCUACCUUGCCUCCCAACGUGGGAACAUCUUCUCCGAUGUCGCGGUACUAAUCUACGUCUUCGAUAUCGAAUCCCGCGAAGUAGACCGUGACCUGGACACAUAUAAUGCCAUUAUUCAAGCUCUCCGUGAAUACAGCCCAAACGCCUACGUCUUCUGUCUCGUCCACAAGAUGGAUCUCAUCCAAGCCGAGCACCGCCAACGUAUCUACGAAGAGCGCUCCGCGCUAAUCCGCAGCCGCUCGGAGCACUUCCGCAUCGACACCUUCGGAAGCAGUAUCUGGGACCAAUCGCUAUACAAAGCCUGGGCCGGCAUCGUGCACAAAUUAAUCCCGAACUUAUCAGUCAUCGAGCGCUUCCUCUCUGCGUUCGCGAAGAAGAUCGACGCCGAGGAAGUCAUUCUGUUCGAGCGCUCCACUUUCUUGACCGUUACAUCCGUCACCUCGGAGGUCGGCGAGCUGAACCCGAUUUACGAUCGCCAUGAGCGUCUCUCCAAUAUUAUGAAGGCCUUUAAGCAUUGCGCCGCCCGGAAUACACUUACGACACCUGCGUCCGCGGGUUUCGUCGUUAUGCAUACCAAGACGCCGCAGUUUAAUACCUUCCUUGGUCGCUUCACGGAUAAUACUUAUAUCUUCCUCGUUGUACCACCAGGCGAAGCAGCGUAUAACUGUGCCGUGCUGAACACCAUGCUAGCCCGAGAGGGAUUCUCUAAAUCGGCCGCUGCAGGUCGAACAGAUGGAUUCCCGCUUCCGCCGCCUGAAACGGAGGAUGGGGCAAAUGGCCACGCUGCAUGA